AUGAGAAAGACAAGUUCACCUUGCCUUGGCCGAGACAUGUGGACGGCCCACACCGGCCUUGCUACGCGGCCAUCGACCCCUCCGAUCGCCUCUGCCGCACGGCAACUCGUCGGAGGAACGUUAGCGACGCACAAAAUAUACAUCUUUUGUAAAUUCAACAACAACAACAACAACAACGUCGCCGAUCAUACACAGAUUCAUCAAUGAAGUCCUUCACAAUGUCAGACGCGAGUAAACUAUGAAGUCCUGAAGCCUAAACUUAAC